AUGGUUUACAGUUCCUGUCACGUGCGCAUGCCAAUUUCCUUGAAAGUGUGUUCAUUGGUGAGCACAACUUUUGGUAUAAUGAUUUGCACAUUUUUAAUACAUUUCGAGUACUUUAAACCAGUAUGGAAGCACAAUCACAGCAGGUUACAAGAUUCGACCUUACUUUCUGUGUUUUCUGCAGUGGUACACAUUGAAGAUGAAAGCCAAAUAACCUUAAAUGUCUGGGAUGGGUCAAAGGACAAAAGCUACAAAUGUUGUAUUUUGAUUUCUAAAGAGCAGCUAAUUCAAGUUUUUGCAAAACCACUAAAUGGUGAAUACAAAGAAAACCUUAUAUCUGCUCGACAAUACAGAUGUUCCUUAUCGUCUAUUCAAAAACUAUUGAUUUCCGUUGCUAUGAUACCAGCUUCUAAGAAAUGUGCAAUGACUGAACAGUUUACAAAUGUUAUCUAUCCCCCAAAGCAAAGAACACCCAACAGAUUUGUUAUCUAUUCCGUGGUAACACAAGAUGUCAGUCCUAUGCAAUUAAUCGAAUGGCUCGAGUAUUAUAAAUCUACAGGAGUAGAAAACAUAUACUUGGUACUUCAGCUUCCAGAUGCACAAGUUAUGACAGUGUUAAGUUACUAUAUGAGAAAUGGAUUUCUGGAUAUUCAGGAAUUCCCUUUCCCGUUACCCGGCAGAUCACACGAUGACGUCGAUCGUAGUUUCUUCACGACGACUAACGAUUCUGUCCGUUAUCAGUUAGACCAGGACAAGCGCGUGGCUCUGUUCCAUUGUAUGGAAUACCUGCGUGGCUUUGGAUAUGCAGCCAAUAUAGAUGUAAAUGAGUUCAUCUUACCACAAGAAUGGAAAAUGAUGUUUUAUUUUCUAGAGGAUACAUUUGAGAAGAACUACCCAGACGCGGCGGGGGUCAAAAUGAAACGGGUACAAAGCACAAAUUAUCAGGCGAAUCCACAAGGCAAAAACGACAGUGACAACAUCAAGUAUAGUAUCAUCCACAUUCCUGGACGUGUGCUUACCACUAGCAGCGACAUGAUCAUACCACAGAAAAAUUACGUUGUGUAUACACUACCAGACGACAAAGGAGUUGUGCAUUAUGUCAAGCACUGUGCGGCUAUGUGGAUAAUUUGCAUAAAAAACCGCUCGUCAUCAACACUGAAGUUAUAUCAUUCAAGAAGCGAAUUAGAACGAAAAUGUUUAACUAUAGCAGCUAAAUUAUAUCUGAGUGCAUAUAAUACAAAACGUCGAUACAUAUGCCUUACCUUCAUGUCACACGCUGAAACAGAGAUAAUAAAAAUAAUGUUGAAUAUUUGUAAUAUGUAG